GAUUAAUUCAAUGUAACUAGAGAUGCAUUGGAGAAACCCACUUUCCGCUAUUACGGUGGACGUACCAGCUACAGAGAGUGUGAAUAAACUGGACAUUGCUUUCCCAAUUGGUCAUUAUAAUCGGAUAAUCCAAUUGGCCGUUAACAUAUAAUAAAGUUAUCCAGCAAAUAAAGGUUAUCUACCUUUAUUAUAGGCCACGGAUGUGGAGAUAAAAAAAAAAAUAUUAGCUGGAAAUUGAAGUCUCAAUAAUUUCAUAUUUCCUUAAGAGGAUUUACCAGAAGUCGUAUUGCAGAAAUAAGAAUAUUUACAAUAAAUUGUUUAGAGCGGAGUUUUAUUCUGACUGCACGAAAUGUCGGAAAAACACGGUCUGGAGGACACCAAUCGCCAGGCCAUGUCCCAACCCAUGCAGCAAAUUCAGCCCCCUCCAUACCUCCCCUCCCAGGAACUUAACAUGGGCCAACAACACUCCAACAUGCAACACUCCAACAUGCAACACUCCAACAUGCAACACUCCAACAUGCAGCACCCCAGCAUGGCCCCUCAGACCGGCUGUGGCCCCCAGCCCAACUACCCCCCUCCACCCCCGCCCCCUGGCUCCGAUGGCUACCAGGAGACCCAGUUCCACAAUGGCUCCUACGGACACCCAGGGGCCCCACAGGGCUACACAGUCCAGACCCAGGGCCCGGGAGGGGGUGUCCCACAUGCCCCUGUGGGUUACUUUCAACCAGGAUACCCUCUCCAGCUGCAGCCCUGCACAGCCUACGUUCCUGUCUACCCCAUGGCGUCGGGGCAGCCCUACCAGGGGAUGCCCCAGGGCCAAAUGGGCAUGCAGAUGCCCCAUGGCAUCGCCCUGAUGGAGCCACGGCGCCCGCCUCACGACUACCUGCCAAUCGCUGUGCUCACCACCGUUUGCUGCUUCUGGCCAACAGGAAUCAUAGCCAUCAUCAAGGCAGUACAGGUGCGUACGGCGGUGGCCAGGGGGGACAUGGUGAUGGCAGAGAUAGCGUCCCGCGAGGCGCGUAACUUCUCCUUCAUCAGCCUGGCAGUGGGCAUUGCCUCCAUCGUUCUGUGUACCAUCCUCACCGUGGUAGUCAUCAUUGCCUCCCAACACCAUGACGACGACUGGGAACCCUAAUACAUAACACAGUGUGGCAUCAUGGGAUAUGUAGUUUUGGGUGGAGAUAGAAGACUAAGGGCACUGAAAUGCACACUCUGAUACUGGUAUGUUAUAUUGGAGGUAUAUAUGUGUAUAUAUGCACCCUGUGUACUGCAUAUACAGUUCUGACCUACUGACUAAUAACAGGCUGAAAAACAAUCACAGCUAAUAUUCAAAUGCCAAAACAAAUAGGUGCCCAUUAUGGGCCAGUAUUACUUACCACUGUAACCAAUUUAUAUUCAGAUAUAAUAGUACUCCAUAGCGCUUAUGGGGGAAAGCAGAGUACAUACACAGAGGAAUUGAAUGGCAAUUCCACCACUUUUCCACCUAAUUUUCAUGAUCUCCUGCACGAUACUAGUGUCAUAUGUGAAAACAGCGCCUGACGUCAUCAAAAGUUACAACAUUGAAACAGUGAUUUUCGAACACUAUCAGAUCCUCAGUGAUGCGGGGAGUAAGAAAAUAUUCUCCAUCUGGCUAGAAACUCAUUGCAGUUGACUUUUAAUCCUAGCUUGUGAUGUCACAGAAAAGCUUUUUUUUUUAGGACUAUUCUUCUUUUUAAUUUUUUUUUACCACAGAUCAUAGAACCACAGUAUUUUCACAUAUAUUGAUAGACACUGGUAUGAUAAUGGAAAUAAUGAAAAUUAGAUUGAAAAGUGGUGGAAUUGCCUUUUAACUAUGAAUUAUUUAUGAAUGACUUAUUCAUUUUUGGUCCCACUCGAACCUAGGUAGACCAAAACAUGGGUCACACUGUAUCACAAACUGCCAAAUAGAUCACAAAUCAUAACUGAAAUGACUUCCCCAUAUAAAUUAGUAUUUUAUGAAGAGAUUGUUUUGAAUGACUUCAAAAAUAAAUACUUUUAUUUAAUCGUGUUUGUUAGUCAUGUAUAGUUUUUGAUUUAUUAUGAUUUUCAGAAACAUGCGCCAUCUAGUGAUAGUAUAUUUUAUAUUUAUUUUAAGGAUAGAAUAAAUUACAGUAUAACAGACUGCCAAACAUUGCCAUUCGUUUUUUUACACACAAUCAAAUGGAAAGUAAAUCAAGUCAUGACAUAGUUGACUAAUUAGGAGAUCAAACUAUGAAAAAGAUGACACAAAUGUGGAGAUUUUUUCUUUUGAGAUGAAUGACAUCUCUAUUUAAAGUUGUGUUGAGGGAGAGAUACACCAUAGAAUGUACUGUGUGAGUGUCCCGCCUUUUUUUGUGUGGCUGAUAUGGACUUGGUUGUUGACAAAUUGUUUGUUGCAUAAGACUGUUUAAUACUUGUUCACUUUAUUUAUGUAUGUAUUAAUAUUUUGUUUCACACGACUGUUUAAUACUUGUUCACUUUAUGUAUGUAUGUAUUUAUCUGUAUUAUAAUUUAUUCAUUUGUUUAUUUCUAUAAUAUAUUUUUUUCAUAGCUUUUUAGAAUGUCACUUUUUUAUCAUAUAUUUUUUUUAACCUUUAUUUAACUACGCAAGUCUGUUAAGAACAAAUUCUUAUUUUUAUUGACAGCUUAGGAACAGUGGGAUAACUGCCUUGUUCGGUGGCAGAACGAUAGAUUUUUACCUUGUCAGCUCGGGGAUUCAAUCUUUCAACCUUUCGGUUACUAGUCCAACGCUCUAACCACUAGGCUACCUGCCGACCAUUAUGUUUUAGUUGAAAUCAAUAUUUUAUUGUACCCAUAUUAGCCGACAAACCUUGAAACUAGAUGAAAUUGGAUGAUGUUUGGGGUGAUUUGCACUUCCAGUAGGCUUAGAAUGGCUUUCUACUAGGUUUUUAUACACUUCAAUAGAAAAGGGUAGAAUUGUAGAAAUGGACACAUUUAAAACAACAAUUACUUGCCUGAUUGAAGUGGUUGACCCAUUUUCUAAUGUCACGGACAUAAAGUAAAGUAUUGCAGUACUAAGACAAAAAGCAACACAUUAAUUGAAAGUGCUUGGAUGGACUCAAUAUUAAAAAGGGUAUGUAAUUAUACAGAGGGCUAGUGAGGUGUACAUUUGAGAAAUUGCUGCUUUUGCAAAUAAUGUUUUGCAAAUAUUAAAUAGGGUCAUAAUUGGCAAUACAAGAGUGUUAUCUUAGUUAAUAGUUUCUCAGAGUAAAAAGGUUGUAGACAAAGGACUUAUAGGAUACAGACAAAAACUCUGUUGUGCAUGCCAUUGUGAACCAUUAUUACGAUUCUCUCAUCUAACCUUUUCCCUAAUGGCCUUAGCUGAUAAUAUGGGUUGCGUCAAACACAUUUGGUGUCUAAUCUAGCCUAUCACGUUACAAGGUGUGUUGCCCCUUGUUAUCGAGAGCCAAGAGGGCUGUUGUGGAACGGUAUGAGCUGAAAUGACCUGAGCCGGAAUCAGUAGAGCAGAAAUACUGAUGGUGGCUCUGAAAACGAAUGUCUCUGAGGAGAGAGGAAAAAAAAUCAAUGCCUAAUAUACAUUGUGGCAUUCUCCUCUCCUCGACUUGUUUCUAUUACCCCAAGCACCGUCUCUCUCUGUUUCUCUUUCUGCUGUCCAUUGCAAAAUUGGGACCGUAAUUCUCAACAUAUCUCUAAUCUGCUUGUCCUUUAUCUUCUGUUUUCAAUUCCUAUGAUAAUGCUAUUUUUUUUUUAAGAAAAUGAAGUUAGUCAGAACUGUUGAGAAUGUAUUGUUUCUUGUGAAGGACCAUGAUUACUGAUUUGAAUAGUGUAUUAGGGUGUUUGAAGUUUAAUUCUGAAAGUAUUAUUAUCAUGGCUAGUAUGAUUCUGUUACGUGGUAAUCACCUUUGCAUUCGAUUAUCACUGCUGUAAUUUUAAUGUACAUUGUAUUUGGAGAAUACUGUAUGUUCUUAAUCUGAUAACACAGCAUUCUAGAAAUAUGUUAAGAGAGCCAAGUAAGCACAGUAUUGUGACUCGUAGUGCUGUUACUCACCUCUAUACAAGAGAAGUAUUGGUAUAGAACGUGUGUGUGCUUUUUAGACUCACUCCUAGCAUAUCUAGUUGUUUUUCGAUCUACACUGUGCUCUUCCCACAUAUUUGUUUUCUAAGGCAUUUCUAUGUCAUUGUUGAUGACAGGCUGGGCAAAUGCUACUGCUUCUUUGCGGUAUUGAUACCUUUUCCCUGAGCAUGUAAAUGUAAUGGAUUGGCGUGUUCAAAGUGGCUGGCGAAUCACAGUGUACAUGAACUUCUCUUGGGGUCUAUUUCUGUUCAUGGAUGUUACACAUGCAUUUGUUGUGUAUGAAUUCAAUUGUUUGAAUAAAAUACGAUUUUUCUUUUGGUUGAGCAA